GGGUAGCGGCGAAUGCGUGAACCUGCGUGAACCAGGUCUGGCGUAGGUGACGUAGGCGAAGGUUCAAAAGCGCGCGGGCGGCGCGCAGUGCAUCUGGUAGUUUGAAAUCAACCACUCUCUUCUUGUCUGUGUCAACUGUGUUCGGAACCUUUUGGAGCUCGACAAGGUUGCGGUAGGCUCACCUGUCCGUACCACUCAAAGGGUUGGCUUAAAUCCUCUUUCGUACGUACCGCGUACUCGUUGAAAACCUCGAGAAAAUGGACCACAGGUUCCUACUCGGAUGCAUGGAAGGAAAGGCUGCACGUCUGAGGCAGUUUGAUGAGACGGCCAACCAGGUUGUGCGGAGGAUUGAGCAGACUUCGGCCUUGCUGGAAGAGAGGCUAAAAGACGUGGUCCAAGAGGCCGGAGCAAAGCCAGUGGCUUUGGUCCUGGAGGAAGUACAGGAGACGGCAAAGAAGGUAGCAUCAGUCCCGUGCUUCGGGUCCAGCAAGGAAGAAUGUUGCUCGCAAAAAUCGUGCGCUGAUCCCCUUGAUGAAGCAAUCACGUACUGGAGCAGUAUGUGUGUGGUGCUGGGGCAAUACCUCGAGGAAGAACCAAAGAAGGCUGGCUCGUCGGGGCAGCCAGGCUCGGCCGAACCUCCCGGCCCAGCUGACUUCCAGACGCAACUGUCGAGUCACUCGACCGAGCUGGAUGCCCAGAUCCGGGAGCAGGGCAGCUCCUUACAGUCUCUUGCUGGCCAGCUUUCCUCGCACACACGGAACAUUGCCAACUUGGACCAAUUGAUUUGGCGGCUGAUGGCCAAGAAUACGCAGCUGGCAGAGGAGAUAGCCAAAAAUCAACAGCACAUCGAAGAAAAGAGGAGCACGGAACUGCGUCGUCUGAAGCACCAAGUUGAAUAUGCCGGCGAUGCCGUCAAAAGGCAGACAAAGCAGGUCCGAUCUGCACUUGUUGCCUAUGAGCCAAGCCAAGCCCCAGAGAGAGCCAUAGAGAACGGGGACUCGGACGUUUACGUGGACCUCGCCUUCCUGCAACGGGAAGGUGCUCUGCAGAACAGUUACUGCGAGCUCCAGCUGACGUCAUUAACUGACGCAACAAACGCCCUCCGAAAGAAGUCCGGGGCCGUCGGCAAGGCAGCCAAGCUGAUGUUGAAUCAGGGCGAGAGCUUCGAGGCUGCAGAUGUUCUCACCUCCUGCAGCCUGUCUCAGAGAGCCUUGAAAAAGCUGGCUUCUCAGAAGGAGAUAUGGAGGCUGGCAGAAGAGGAAGUGCAAGGGAAAACAUUUUACGAAUGGAUAGACAAGGCCAACUUGGACAUUUGACUUCCUGACGUUGCUGGCUCUACAGUAUCAACUGCCAGAGAGAUUGUGCCUUAAAGGGCCAUUAAACCACUUUCUGCGAUAGU